AUGCCAGACUCUCUAGAUUUAUCAAAGCUACGCUUGUCGGGCAACCGGGUGCAGGCUGCUAGUACAGCGUCGACCAAGAGCGUGGCUCAAUUCCAAAAGAUGAAACGGGAUAUUACCUCCGCUAAAAUGGCGACGCCGCCACGUUCCACGGCAGGAUCGUUCAAGAAGGCAUGUUCGGUAGAUUUGCUGUUUCUCAUAGACACGACUGGAUCUAUGAGUCCCUAUAUAAAAGCUGCCCGGGAGCAAGUUAAGGAUAUCGUCGCCAGGGUUAAAGAGAACUUUCUCAACGAAUCCGUGAUUCGUGUCGCCAUAGUCGGAUACAAAGACCAUGCAGACAAUCCUAAUAUCCAAUUCCUCGAUUUCACUCCGGAUACAGCUAAGGCGAACAUGUUUCUAGAUAUGCUUGUCGUUAUGAAUGGCGGCGGCGGCGACUUACCUGAAGACGUUCUCGGUGGCAUUCAACAGGCGAUCAAUGCCAGUUGGCUCCAGGAGUCUCGAUGUAUCAUCCAUAUCACCGACGCGCCCCCGCAUGGCCGUAAUCUGCACGAUAUGAUGAGUAUCCGAUGCGAUGAUUACCUCGAGCCUGGGAGCGAGCCGCACCGGCUCACCUAUGAGCCACUUCUCAACCGCUUAGUUCGCCUGAACGUCAACUAUGCGCUACUGCGUAUCAACGAAGAUACGGAUCUCAUGGCCUCGGCAUUCUCUGCAGUUUACAAGACGGCUCAUGCAGAAGUCAAACUUCACAAGGCAAACCGCUACAACGCGGACUCUCAAGCUAGCAAAGCCUUUGGGGCGUAUGCGAAGAAUAGCGUUACCGUCGCGUUGAAAUUUGAAGAGCUACAGCUCGGCAUGACCUUCGACUUACUCAAGCACUUGGUGGUUAAAUCUGUCAGUAGCUCGAUAUCUCGGACAGCAAGCCGUCUAUCGAGCGAAAGAAGUACGACCAUUGGCAGAGGUGUUGGAACGACAGUGCAUCUUCCUGCCAUCAAUGAAGAAAAGACCGAGGAAGUUCUCGUGGAGAACGUCUCGCCACAGUGGAAUACUCCUGGUUGGCUCGAUAAAAGACUAAUAGUUGAAGGCUUAUGCCCUGACUUGGCUGAGCACAGAGCCGACAAGUUCAAUGACAUGAUGGCGCUGGAUGACCAAAUCGGAACCAGUUUCAUCAAACUAGUCAUCGACGCGCGGUCGACACCAUUCAGUCAAGGCGGGCUACGCACAACAGCUUAUGCACGCACACCAGUCUCCACCGAUCAUUUUGUAGUGAAGUCGCUUAAGGAGAAGAGCCAUGAAUUUGCCAAGCUCGCCGAGCAUAUGGAGUGCCAGGCCAUGUGCAAAGAAUUUGCAGUCGAAUUCAAUGCCUUGCUCGAUCCAAAAUACUCCAUCGACUUCGUCAUAUCAACGGCACUAACGAGCAAAGCCUCUGUAGGUAUUGAAAGCGAGUGCAUCUCGCUCGAGCCUCAUAUUAAUGGACCUUACGUCAAAUACAACGAUCCCUAUACCUACGUUAAUCCCAACGAGAAUCCAUCCAAUGAUGCGGCACAGGCGUUCUCGCACUUCACAUUCGAGCGCUCAUUUGGUCGCAUUUUAAUCAACGACUUGCAAGGUGUAGGCAACUUACUAACUGAUCCUGCGAUUCAUACGAAGGAUAGAAACAGGUUCAAGCUGGGUGAUACGAACCGGCAUGAGGAUGGAUUCAAGUUCUUUAUGUCUGGUGGCAUUCUGAUGUUUAGAGCGAACUGGCCCAACGUGAUUGGUAUGGUUUACUGCUCUAAUAAGCUAUGCCGCCGGAUCUUGCACAAGGCCACCGCUGGAAAGUGGGAUAAACAUCCAGGCUACUAUUGGUGUCAUUCAUGUUGGCCGCAACUGAAUUCUGGGAUUGUUCGGUUACGAUGCUCGGAACCCGGUCCAAUGCACGAACAUGUCGUUUCGAAGUUCUUUUACGAGUCGCAAGGAGAAUCAAUGCCGACUAAAUGCCCUCAGCACCUGAUCAGGUCCGCCACGCCUGCCAGCGACGGAAUUCUCCCGGGGCUUUUUCUGUAA